GGUAUUUAGAGAGGGUCCGUUCGGGGAGGAGUUCUAUAAAUAGCUUUAUGGAAGGGAUGAGCAUUUCAAAAGUCGCCUACUAUUAUGGAUGAUUCUUUUUUCUUGGGGAAAGGGGGGACAUACCCAUGGCUUCUUUUUUGAUGUAUCAUACAUACGGUUUUCUUAUCUUUCUUCAUGGCCUCAUCACCAGCUCUAUUUUUCUUUUGUUGCAUUCUUUUUGGUCAUGAGGGUUUUAAAGCGCGUUAAAUGAACUGGUUUGGUUAAUGGGAUGAUUUGAUAGCUGUUUGGCUUGAAUGAUUCUUUUACUUUGCUUGGGG